AUGGGGCUCCAGCAGGUCCAGAACGGCAACACAAGCAUGAACUUGAAGACGAUCCUCGUCAUCGGUGCCACGGGUGCGCAGGGAAUGGCCGUCGUCGACAAACUGCUUGCGCCGUGCGAGGACGGUCGACCGUCGCCGUACGCAGUGAGGGCGUUCACGCGAGACACCGGGAGCAAGCGUGCCAAGGAACUCGCUCAGCGCGGGGUUCAGUGCGUUGAAGGGUCUUUCGACAAUUUACCAAGCGUCGAGUGCGCGCUGCGAGACGUCUACGGCAUGUGGGUCAACACGGACGGCUUCACGGUGGGCGAGGAGAAGGAGACCUGGGCCGGCAUCCGCAUAUUUGAGCUGGCUAGGAAGGCGAAGUGCGUCAAGCAUUAUGUCUGGAGCAACCUAGAUUAUGCCUACCGGGCGGGAAAUUACGACGAACAAUACCGCUGCCAGCACUACGACGGAAAGGCACGGGUUGCGGACUGGAUGCGCUCACAGCCCUCGGGCACGACACCAGACGACAUGGCAUGGAGCAUAGUGACCUCGGGGCCCUACAUGGACAUGCUCUUCAACCUCAUGUUCGGCCCCCUCAAGACCCGCGCAGACGGCACCGCCGUCUUCGCCACGCCGAUCGGGUGUGGGCACGUCCCGAUGAUCGCGCUCGCCGACCUCGCCUUCUUCGCGCGGCACACCUUCGACCACCGGGAGUCGACGUCCGGGCGCGAACUCCAGGUCGCGAGUGACGUCGUCGGCUGGGACGCGCUCGCCGCAACGUUCACGCGGGUAACCGGCCGGCGCGCCGAGGUCGUGCACCAGACCGUGGACGAGUGGUUCGCGAACUUCGAGGGCGUCGACGACCCGCUCGCCAACGAGCGCGGGAGCGACGGGGCAAACGGAGUCGAACUCGGAGACAUGGCGGCGACGACGACGACGACGACGUGGGCGGAGAACUUCCGCGGCUGGUGGGCUCUCUGGCGGGACGACGUGAUCACGCGGGACAUGGGGUGGGUGCGGCGGGUGCACCCGCGCGCGCUCACGCUCGAGGCGUGGAUGCGGGCGAACGCGUACGACGGCGGGCUGAGGCGGGCGCUGCUCAAGAACUCGGAGGACGGGAAGACGAUUCGGCCGAAGUGGGACGUGAUCGAGAAGCUGUAG